GUCCAGGCCUUUGCAGUUUGCUUUUUCUUUCCAGGGCGUAGUCGUAUCACCAAUAUGAGACGUCCGUUGUUGUUCGUCGCAGCUUUGUCGCUGGCCUCGUUUAUAUUGGCCGGUGUUUCUUGUCAAAUCACACCUCCAACGGAAUUACCAGAUCGGCCGGAAGCCAGAAAUGUGACUUGGACGGUCCCGGGCUACGGUGUUCUCAACGGCACGGGGGAAUCCUCCGUCUACACCAACCGGACGUUCUACGGCUUCCGCAGUGUCUACUACGCCGAGAUGCCCACCCCGGAAACGCGCUUUCUACCGCCCGUACCGAAAAAACCCUAUCCGAUGGAUGAGAUCCAGCAAGCCGUUUUCAACAAUGCAGGUUGCACCCAACAUUUGCCUCUAGGACAAGAGGACUGCCUUUCGCUCAGCAUUUACACCCCUAAAUUAACUGAUGAUAGCACUCCUGCUGAUGAGCUCCUACCCGUUAUCGUCUGGAUUCAUGGCGGCUCUUUUAGAUCGGGUCAAGCCGUCGAAUAUCUGCCCGGUAGAUUCAUGGAAGAAGACGUCGUCUUGGUCGUCAUCCAAUACCGUUUGGGCCCUCUAGGUUUCCUAUCCUUCGAUACCGACGAAGUGCCGGGCAAUGCCGGCAUUUUCGACCAGAUCGAAUCCCUUCGCUGGGUUCAGAAACACAUCAAAUAUUUCGGCGGCAACAAGGACCUGGUGACGAUCGCCGGAGAAAGUGCCGGCAGCGCCAGCGUGUCUAUUCUGUUGCUGGCCAAACAAGCUAAAGGUCUCUUUCAUCGCGCUAUCGGAGAGAGCGGUUCCGUCUUGGCCGAGUGGGCCGUCGAUCGUGACGGACGAGGGAAAAAAGCUUCCACCAGAGUGGCAGAAAUCGCCGGAUGUCCUCUCGAGCCUUACGAAGACUUACUGAAUUGCGUCCGGACCCUAGACGCUCAAAACCUUACCGACGCCUACGGAGAAUUUCGCAAAGAAGAUCUGAAAAAUGGGGGCAUGGGAUUUGGCGCUUCAAAUCCUGUCAUUCAAAUAGCCGGAGUCGAACGGAUACUUGAAAUCGAGCCGAGACUGCAGUUUGAAUCUGGAGACUACUCGACUGUUCCAGUCUUGUUUGGCGCUAAUAAGCACGAAGGAGUCCUGGUGCUAGCCUACGCUUGGAAGGACUGGUUGGAACCGAACAACAUGACCAACAAUGGAACAUUUUUGGAAGUCGACCUCGUUCCCAACGUUUUGAAGGCACUCCAUAUCCGCGAUGAUACUGGUGUCUUGGCCGAUGCCUUAGUCGACAAGUACCUGGCUGAUGCUGACAUGACGAAUUUUACUUCCAUGACUCCUGGCCUUACGGAUAUGUUGGGCGUUCUGUUUCUGAAAUCAGCCGGUUACGAAACAGUUCGUCUCAACUCUUUGCACAACCCGGAUUCCUAUUGGUACGCCUUCAACUACGAGGGAAGAAACAGUCUGUACAUUUACCUGUUUGCUGGCAACUAUCCACCCAUUCCUCAUGGAGUCUGUCACGCUGACGAAAUGAUUUACUUGUUCAUUUAUCCCUUCCCGUCUGACCCACCGUUUUUGGAUGAACGAGAAAAAGAUUUGUCUUUGAAGAUGAUCCAAGUUUGGACGAAUUUCGCCAUUCACGGAAAUCCUACCCCUGAUAACGUCGAGUUAUUACCCGGCCUUCCGAAAUUUUUACCAUACAGCCGGGAAAAUGAAGCCUACAUGGACAUCGACUGUGUCUGGGAGUCGAAGAUUGAUUACACGAAAACGUACACCGUUGCUGCUGACGACGCUAGAAACGGAUACAUUCCCUGUCGAUGCACGGGAGAUGAUGCCGAUGUCUGCAUACGAUAAAAGCCUAGCCAUUAAACAC